AUAAGCACUGUAAAUUCCUCGGAAUAACGAAAAAGAGCUGAGACGACCCUGCCAUUCCCCGAGACAGACGAAAAUGUCAAGAAGGCUUCAACCACACCCCAAUCACAAUAUCUUCGUCUUCACUCCAACGCCCCUAAUUCGUCUCCUCUGUCUCUUCUCUUUCCUCAUCAGUAACGAUGGCCGCCUCGUCGUCAAAGCGGGCGUCUUCAUCUACGCAGGGUGCUCCCCGGAGAAGUACCAACCUGGUUCACCCUUCGAAGCCAACCUCAACUCCUUUCUCUCUUCCACAGUGAGCUCCGCAUCUCGGGCCUCCUACAACAGCUUCGCCGCUGGAAACGAUACCUCGACGCGCCCCGAAGGCGCUGUUUACGGCCUGUAUCAGUGCCGGGGCGAUUUAAAGACCCUGGACUGCUCCAGGUGUAUACAGAGCGCAGUUAGCCAAAUAGGGUUGGUUUGUCCCUCUUCCUACGGGGCUGGGCUGCAGCUAGAGGGGUGUUAUGUGAGGUACGAGCAUGUGGACUUCUUGGGAAGGCUCGACACGGGUGUGAUGUACAAGAAGUGUAGCACCAGUAGCGCGAGUGACGACGUCGUCAAGCGAAGAGAUGAUGUUCUGGCGGGCCUGCAGGCCGGGACGGGGUUUCGUGUCAGCAGUUCGGGUCUGGUGGAAGGGUUUGCUCAGUGCUUGGGGGAUUUGAGCUCAGCUGAUUGCUCUUCUUGCCUCUCCCAAGCUGUGGGGCAGUUGAAGACUUUGUGUGGAUCCGCAGCAGCGGCGGAUGUGUUCUUGGGGAAGUGUUAUUCUCGUUACUGGGCUUCUGGCUACUAUGACUUCUCUUCAGAUUCCACCAACAAGGACGACAUGGGAAAAAUCGUGGCCAUCAUCGUAGGAGUACUGGGCGGUCUCGUCGUUGUCAUCGUUUUACUCUCCUUUUUGCGAAAAGCUGUUGGUUGAGAAGCGAGAGUACGGCGGUUUAAUUUCCGGAGCGGGUGGCCCCACAUUUGUUUUAAGCCUCUUUAAUUUGAUCCUCAUGGUAUAAAGUAGGACUCGAGCUGUCCCUUUAAAAAAGAACAUCUUCCCCUUGUGCUCCAACUAAAGGCCUUCUGGCCUCCUUUUCAUCUUUUCUAUGUUAAUAUUUUUGCAA